CCCAGCAAGGCCUACCCGCGAAGUCAGCAGCUUAGGGUUUGGUUCACGCUGCCUGCCGUGGCGCGCGGCGGCACCGCACCGAUCUCCUCUCCCGCGAAUCGCCUUCGUCCGUCCGAUUCAAAUCGAAGCUGCCAUUGCUGGGCCCGAUCUCUCGUGUCGGCUCGGCGGCUCCAGGAGGAGGUGAAAUUCCAACCCCGUGGUACUAUGUCGACUGCUUCAGCGGCUAAACGGAAGGGCUCGCCCGGUGAACAUGACGAUGAUCCCCAGGCCCAAGGUCGCAAACGAUCGAGAUAUUCAGUCCCGGAUCUUCCAAAGGUACGCAACGCCAAGCCAGCAGAACGCCGAGGAGGAUUCCCCGAUACGGAUAUUCAUUGCCAGCCACUCUAUUUCACAAAUUUGUUGAAACCGUGAGCUAGGCUAAUUGUAAGUUGUGACAACAUUAUUUUAGGACUCCACUUACUGUUAGUCUCACUUCACUGUCAUUCUUGCUGCUUAACUGACGGCCUCUGCUUAACUGAUGAGAUGGUUUGUCCUUUCCUGGUCACAAAAUCAAAGCCAACAGGUCGAGCAAUUUCAAUUGAAUCUAGUUCGCUGAAUUAAAAAAAAAACAAGAUAUGAUAGAAGCCAGAAGCAUACAAGUACGCACUUUGAGAGCUGCAGAAGCGCAAGUGUGAUAUUUCACUACACUGAUGAAGUUGUUACUGCAACCAUUGGUUUCAGUGUUACGCCUUUUAGGAACAAGACAUCUGGCAUCAUAUACUGUCCCUUCUGCCACUGCCAGAUGCUGCGCGAGCUGGCUGUGUGUGUCGAACAUUUCUAAGCUCCUGGAGAUCCCAUCCUAACCUCACCUUAAGUAUGGAAACGCUGGGCCUGGAUGGGCAUACAUGCAGAGAAGAUAAACUGGCACGGGUUUUCACCAAGAGAGUCAACCGCAUUAUGAGAAAACACUCAGGCGGCGUGAAGACAUUCAACCUUAGUUAUAAUUACCUUCGUUCUUUUCUGGACACCAAUUAUCUCAACAGGUGGUUUGAGAUUGCUGUUACCCCAGGGAUUGAAGAGGUCAAACUUUGAAUGCCUCUAGGAUGCACCAUGGUUCAUUACAAGUUCCCAUGCCCGGUUUUAUCCAACGGGCGUGGAAACUCGAUUCGACAUCUUCACCUCAGCCGGUGCGCCUUCCAUCCCACGGCCGGGCUUGGUUGCUUGACAAGGCUGUUUCUGUUGGAGGUGCGCAUCACGGGAGAUGAGUUAGGGCACCUUCUGUCCAAUUCUCUUGCUAUGGAAGAGUUGUGUCUCAAUAGUUGUGAUACGAUAAUUCGCCUCAAGAUAUCUUGCCUGCUAAAUCGGUUCAGCUGCCUGUCAGUGUUUCAUUGCAAGUCUCUGGAAGUGAUAGAGAAUAGAGCUCCAAAUCUUUGCUUUGUUCGCAUUGAUGGCGCCGUAGAGAAACUUCCGAUUGGAGAUUUAUUGCAAAUGAAGAGACUACACAUGUUGGAUUACUACGAAUAUGACAUUGUUCAUGAUGCUCGUUCCAAGCUUCCAUUCAUUAUGCCAAAUCUUGAAACCCUCAACCUAUCUUCGGCUGGAGAGAUGUUCAAUACGCCAAUUUUAGCUGUCAAAUUCCUCUUCCUGAAGAACCUGAAGAUUGAUCUUAAUGAUGGACAGAUGGGGGGCUUUUCCCCAUCCUAUGAUUAUUUUUCCCUAGCUUAUUUCCUGGAUGCUUGUCCUGUCCUGGAGAAGUUUGUCUUGGGUGUAUCACAGACUCGAGUAAAGCAUGAAUUGAUUUCUGAUGGAGACUUGAACAUGAGACAGAUGCCAGGACAUCUCCAUUGCAGCGUCAAGAAUGUCAGGAUAAUGGGCUUCUGCUCUGCAAAGAGCAUGGUCGAACUAACCUACCAUAUUCUUGAGAAUGCAACCUCGCUCGAGCGCCUUACGCUGGACACCAUAUACGACAAUAGUAGUUAUGGAGAUGCUGAAAGGUCUUGUGUCGGGAAAAUAGGUGAAUGCAACCCGAAAAGCAGGAGUAUGAUCAUGCACGCCCACAAAGGGCUGGGGGUUAUUGAUAAAUAUAUCGUGGACAAAGUUCCCUCCACGGUUCAGUUGAGUGUGAAGAAGCUCUGCAGCCGUUGCCAUAAAAUUAAGUCCAAGGGGUUUAGGUAUGAGUAUCGGACUACCACUCCCUAGCAUCCUAUCGAACGUCUGUUGUACGGUACGAUGAAUGGGAGCUUCCCAUUGAAAAUGUGCGUCUUACCCUGCUCGUGGAUGUUAGGCUAGUUAAUUUUGGUUUGUUUCCUGGUAUUUGCAUCUUAGAAUCAUGCACGGUCUCCUUUUCAAGAACAAGGUGGGCUGUUUUGAAAAUAAUUUGGUAAAUUAUGUUUUUUCCUAAUGAAUAAUCAAUAAAUUUAAUUAUGGUUUA